AUGCGCUGCUUGGGGCUGUUUCUGGGCGUCGUCAUCCUUUGCAGGCUGGGCAGGACGUUCCUGUCUUCGACGCAGAGGUUCCACCGAACGAGGAUUCCACUUCGUGCAGAGGAGGAUGGCAUCCUGGAUGGAACCUUUAAGGAGGUGGCCUCCACCCUCAUCGGCGCAUCGCCCCUGCCGGGUGUGGAGAAGGAGGCGCACGAGGCCUACCAGGAAGGCUUGAACGCCCAAACCUCGGGUGAUCUCGCGACCGCCGUGCGCUCGUAUGCGCAGGCCUUGCGACUGGAGUCCGAUCCCUACGAUCGUAGCUACAUCCUGUACAACCUAGGGCUUUGCUUCGCUGAGAAUGGUGAAUACACUAAAGCUGCGAAGUAUUACAUGAUGGCAAUCGAUCAGAACUACGAGCUCUGCUCCGCCUGGAACAAUCUGGGCGUCAUUUUCCACGUGCAGGGCAUGAAGGCGGAGCAGGACUAUCGCUCCGAGCGCGCUGAGGCGCUCUUCGCCAAGGCGGCGCAGUAUUGGAACCGGGCGGCCAGCUGCUCUCCUGGCACCUACAUGGAUGCCGAGCAAUGGCUUCUGCGGACGGGCCGCGCACAGGGCGAUUGGUUGACCGGAAGGUUCACCGUCAUGGCACGAUGGCCCGACACCGCGGUGACCGACCCUCGACCAUCGAACGGGUUUUGGGCACGGUCCGGUGACCGAGAGGACCGCGUGUCGCGUGGCCGAGUGGUUGCAGUGGCUGCAGUGCAGGAUGUUUGGGGUCGGGUGGACAUCGUCACGCAUGCAAAAGCAUCGGAUCCAUGGGAGUGGAACAGGCGCGUGAACGACACGGCGGUGAUCGUCCGGCGGCAAGCGACGAAGAUCUUGAGCGCCUUUGUGCCGUGGCGAAGAGAAGAUAUGGAGGGAGGAUGGAGAAUGGCAAGCUCCAUCAUGGCAGUGCUCAAUCAUCCAGACCAUCCGGAUGUAAUACCCGUGACGUUGGAUUUGCUUCGUCGUUCCACCGACUCCGACGCGCUGCGAAACUUGGUGAUGGGCACCUUUGAGCUCUUGUGGUUCAUGGACGACGAGCCGACUCCGGAGGUGCGACGCCGGGAGGACGCCGAGGUGUCCGCCGAAAACGGCCGGAGCGGAGCGGAGCGGAGCCCAUCGGCGGCCAAGCAACUCUCACGUGUGGUGGAUGCCUCCAGGGCCAUGGUCCGAGCCCCAGCGACAAUGGAGGAGAAGGUGAGCCGGUCCACGUUGGGCGAUAUCCUCAACGAGCUCCUGCGGCGCUUUCGGAAGACCAUCGGCUCGCGGAAGAACUCCAAAGGCUACGAGUUCGCCAUCCGCCGCUGGACCACCUUGAUUCUCAACGAGUUUGUGCAGCUCAGGCGCUUUGCGCACAAGUUUGGUGCGCGAGAGACUGGGGGAGAGGGAGGGAGAGAGAGUUUGUGCCCCAGCCAGGCGCCGUGGGAGCAGUGGCACAUGCGUCGUAGCCUGCUGAGCACCCUGGAAGCCUUCGCCACAGCGCAGCCUAAGGAUCUGCUGGUGCACCUUCGGCCGUUGACCAUCUAUUUAGCUCUGGAGGAUACAUCGACGCCAGAAGAGCAGUGGGUGGCGAUCAAGGUUUGCCGCAUCCUCUCCUCGGUCCUUCCCUACGUGGCGGAGAGGCGUGGGCUCAUGGAUCAUCGUCAGGUCCAAGCGGACCUGCAGGCCUUAAUCCGAAGCCAGCCCUCCAGUGGCGUGCAUGAAGCGGUGCGCUGCUUGUGCCUGGUUGUGAAGUAUGUGACGGGAGACCUCCCGCAGAUCGUGACGCACUUGAAUGUGGCUGUGCCAUCCCUGAGCAAGCUUUGCAGCAUCGCCGAACAAAAGCCAGGGAGUUUGGAUCGCAUUCAAAUCAUGUACAUGAGUCGACAAGCUUGGGUGUUAUCCUCGAUCCUGGAGACCUUGUCGGUGGACGACUACGCCCGGAGCCCCGAGAUCGCCCACGGUGCCCACGGUGCCAACGGUCUUCGUCUUUCGACCCGGGACUCCGACCCAGUGGAAUGGUGUUUGGACCUGGACAAGAAGCCCAAGCGACGCUUGUUGCCCCGGAGUGAGCUGAAGUUUGACUUCGUGGGCAAUUCUGUGGCGGGCACCGUGGCCGAUUUGCUGCUGAGGCUCAACGAGUUGGGCGAGCCACAGCUACGGGCAGUGGCUGCCUCGUGCAUGGGCUUCUUCUUGAAGGGUCAGCGGACCUACACGAAGGACCCCCGCAUCAGCGAGCUGCUGUCGGGCGCCUUGAGCAGCGGCGACUUGCUGCUGUGCCGCCGGGCGCUCGAGACGCUCUCCACGCUGCUGGGCUUCUUUCGCAAUGAGGCUGAGAAGGAGUCCAAGGCCAAUGCCGCUGACUUCGCCGAUUCCCGCGACGGGCAGGCCGUCGCCCGCGCGCGGUCCGGCGCCAACCGGCUCCACGGCCGCCAGGUGCUGGGACACACGGAUGGUAAGGCAUCCAAGACCAACUCGGCGAUCGAGGCCGCGCAGCCCUUGGCGGCGUUCUCUGAUCAAGUCUUAGCGCAUAUCACGCUGGCCGGCAGCGUGGGCCCAGCUGCGUUGAAGCCGAAGAAACCUCCGAAGCGCUCACGAAGCGGGGAACACGAGGAGCGGGACGGCUUUACUUUGGAGGACCUGGAAGCCCAACGUGCGGAGAGCGUCCUGCGCGUGCGGGUGGAGGCGCUGGCGGUGGCACGGCACCUGCAUCAGCAGGGCUUGGUGAAUCCCAUGACGGUGCUCCCCAAGGUCUUUGCGUUGGCCUUCGCCAGCGAAUGGCGGCUUUCAGAGCCGGCGACGACGAUGCUGAAAGAGAUGUUGGAGCUGAGACCGCAGCUGUUGCUUAACCGCCUGGAGGAAUCCUUCCGCGAAUCCUUCAUCGCGCUGCUGUCUGCACCAUUGCACCUCCAGCCGCACCUCCAGGUGCUCGGCACACAGCAGCUGGCUGGCUUGGGUGAGGUCUAUGCCGAACGCUUCCGCAAGCAGAAAGCCUUGCGCGACGGCUUUCUGCGGAAGGCCUUGCAGCAACUGCAGAAAGUGCCCACGGGCCAGUGCGAGGACCGCUUCGCCGAGUUGGCCGCCUUGGGCGUCGGGGCUCCUGGCCGACGUCGAGCGGAGGCGUCUCACAGUGAAAGGAAGGAGUCGGUUGCAGCCGCGCAGCAGCUACCGCUCCGUCAGCGGCAACAACUGCUGUACUCCCAGAUAUCCAGCGAUUUGAUCACGUCCGAAGCCUGGCCAGCCUUCAAUCCUCCAAUCCAAUUGGCGAUCCUGCGAUCCAGUUCAUUGCCGGAGCCAUCAGCUGCUCGGUCGGCGUUCCGGGAGGCGUUCCAGGGGCUGCCGGCACCUGUGGCAUCGCGAUCCGCCGCCACCGGAGCAGGCGAGUUCGACGUGGGCGGGGAGAAGGUCUUCCUGUCCGCACUUUCGGUGGUCACAAGUGUGGUCCUGAAGAGCGUGAUGAAACGAGAAUACAAUCUCUCAGCAGAGCAAUGUGCGACCUUCAAUCCAAGGGACAUCCGACAGGAACGCAUUGGUCGAUCGAUGGCCAUGUUCCAGCGCGAGGGGGCUGGGACGAACCCUGUGCGGAACCGCUUUCCCGCGGCCGAGUGGCUGGAAAAGGUGAUGCCCUUGGUGAAGAACUUCUCCAACUCCCCCGAGAUCGCGGCCUACAUUUGGGAGCUCACCGAUGCCGAUCCCUGGGAUGACAGCCGUGCGCGGCACGAGCACAAGCUCUCCGCGCUCGAGGGCCGCCGCACCAGGGGCAGCCGCGCCGCUGCCGGCGCGGCGCAGGCGGCGACGCCCAGCCGCGCGGGGCGGAAGCCGAAGACGAAGAUGGAGCCGAAGAAGAAGGGGCGGAGGCAGGGUGUCCUUCUUUUCUUUCCCCUUUUCGAGAAGACAUUUCUUGGGCGAAGAUGGGUUUUGGGCGAAGUGGAUGGGAGUUACACCUCGGAGUAG